GGCUUCUUUCACGGAAAAGGUACAUUUUCGAUCCCUCAGCACAGCCAUCGCUAGAACCUUCCUCCUCUUCCUCACUCCUCUUCUUCUUCCCUGAAGGCCUCCGAUUGUUAGGGUUUAUUCGGGGUUUAACGGAGAUUUGGGGGCAUAAAACCUCGCGAAUCCUAACUGCGUCUCUCUGUUCACGUAAUUGAAUCCUCGAGACGACUUCAAUGGUCCACUCAAAUGGCGCCAGGCUCGCCUGCUGGCUCGCUCGCCGCCACCGGAUUCCUUUGUAUGAGUUGUCGUUGGGAGGGGGCUGCAGGACGUACGGCUCGGCGGUGUCCAACCAGCCUAGGGUUCACGCUGGUUAUGCUUCAAGGAGUGCAGUUAAUGAUGCGAACCGGUUGCCGCUCGGAGCAUUGAAAUGGAAUUUGGGGGCUGGCAUAGCGAGGGCCAUUCAUGGCACUGCAUACAUGGCAGCAAAAGAUUAUUACGAUACACUUGGCGUUAGUAGGAAUGCAACUGCAUCUGAAAUCAAGAAAGCUUAUUAUGGGCUUGCAAAGCAGCUGCAUCCAGAUACAAAUAAAAGUGAUCCUGAAGCUGAAAAAAAAUUUCAAGAAGUUCAGAAGGCAUAUGAGGUGUUGAAAGAUGAAGAGAAACGUGUGCAGUAUGAUCAGCUUGGACAUGAUGCUUACGAAAGCACUGUUAAUGGUGGAGGCAUGAAUGGCGGUCAAUGGGGCCCUGACUUCAAUCCAUUUGCUGACAUUUUCAAUUCUGAAAACAUCUUCGGCAAAAUCUUCAAUCGGGACUUAGGUGGACGAGAUGUCAAGGUUUCAGUUGAACUAUCCUUUAUGGAAGCUGUUCAAGGAUGCACGAAAACUCUGACAUUCCAAACUGAAUUGCCUUGUGAGGCUUGUGGUGGAGCUGGUGUUCCUCCUGGCACCAGACCUGAAACUUGCCGGACCUGUAGAGGCUCAGGCAUGAUAAGCAAGGUAACUGGCCCAUUCAGGGUCCAGGUUUCCUGUUCUUACUGUCAUGGCACUGGGAAAAUUGUUAAGAGCUUUUGCAAGUCUUGUAAUGGGGAGAAAGUUGUGAGAGGACCAAAGACAGUUAAGCUGGAUAUUAUGCCAGGAGUGGAUGAUAAUGAAACUCUAAAGGUGUAUAGGAGUGGUGGGGCAGAUCCUGAUGGCAGUCAACCUGGUGAUCUUUAUGUUACUAUCAAGGUCCGGGAAGAUCCUGUUUUCCGACGAGAAGGGCCAGACGUUCAUGUGGAUGCUGUCUUGAGUAUUACUCAGGCAGUUUUAGGUGGUACCAUCCAGGUCCCAACGCUAACGGGAGAUGUUGUUCUUAAGGUUCGCCCUGGUACCCAACCUGGUCAAAAGGUGGUUUUGAAGAAAAAAGGGAUAAAGACAAGGAGCUCUUACUCAUUUGGUGAUCAAUAUGUGCAUUUCAACGUUAGCAUCCCAAGUAAUUUGACGCCGAGACAGCGUGAACUAAUCGAGGAGUUUGCCAAAGAAGAGCAAGGGGAAGAAGACAAGAGUGCUGCAGCUGGAGCAUCUGCUUAAGAAAUUAUACGCCUUAAGUGAUCAUGAAGCUGCCUUUUUGGGAAUCUGGAGAGAAUCAAUAUCCGGGAAUCUUCCACACAGCAAUGUAAAGCUACAAUUAUCUCCAUCCCCAAAGGUUUUAUGUGUGUCUAUGUCCGGAUGCAAGUCCUAAGAAAUGGCGGGGCUGUAUUAAUUCUAACAUCGAGUAGUGUCUAUGCAUGGCCGUGUCCCACGCAUGACCAUUAUACCUAUGUUCUGGUUAAAGAUUUCCCUCAAUUUUCUAAGCUCAGUAUGUUGAUAAAACCUAAUGUUCAAUCAUAUAUACAUAUAUAUAUAUAUUAAUAAAUUCCCUUAAUUG